CUUUGCAUGGUGGUGAUCAAUAUCAUGUCGACGAUGCUGCCUUCAACUAUAAGAUGCCAUUGAUCGCCUGCCAAGAUUCCCUGGAGAGUAUCCACAGCAUCAUGCAUACCCCUUUCUUUCAGUAGCAGCUGAUCUAUACUCACUUCAAGAUGAAGUACCUUUCUUUCAGUGUAUUGGUAACCACUGUGUUGGCAAUAUCGCGUACCACGCCUCCCAGUGGAAGCAUCACGGUGUGCUCUUCUGGCUGUGAUUACGCCACUAUACAGAAGGCUAUCAGUUCCAUCUCCACCAGCAGCACCUCGGCCCACAACAUCUUCAUCUACUCAGGAACCUACACCGAACAAGUGACCGUCCCAGCACUUGAUGGGUCCCUCAGCAUCUACGGCUAUACGACAGAUACAUCAUCGUAUGCCGAGAACGUUGUCAAUUUGCAAUUUGACUUGAGUAUUGCCAGCGGUGCGACCGACGAUGAGCACACGGCUGCGUUGAUCAACCUCUCGGAGAACGUGGCUGUCUACAACAUCAAUAUCAAGAACACGUACGGCGAAGGGUCUCAGGCUAUUGCUUUAUCGGCCUAUAACACCAAACAGGGCUAUUAUGGGGUCGGACUGUACGGGUACCAGGACACGCUGCUGGCCGAGACAGGAAACCAAAUCUACGCCAGAUGUUACAUCCAAGGCGCGACGGACUUUAUCUUCGGCCAGCAUGCCCGCGCCUGGAUCACCGGCAGCACUAUCGCAGCCACAGCAGCUGGGGACAUCACGGCCAAUGGACGGUCUUCGUCGACGGACGUCAGCUACUAUGUCAUCAACGACAGCACUAUCGGGGCCACCUCGGGCGCAACUCUUACUGCCGGGACCGUCUACCUAGGACGGCCCUGGAGUGAGUAUGCCAGGGUUUGUUUCCAGGAUUGCAGUCUGUCGAGUAUCAUCAACAGCGCAGGGUGGUCGGUUUGGAGCAGCAGUGAUCCCAACACUGACGACGUGACGUUCCAGGAAUAUGGAAAUACUGGCACUGGGGCCAGUGGUACCAGGGCGAGCUUUUCGACCAAGUUGAGUGCACCAAUCACUAUUGACACCAUUCUGGGCAGCGACUAUGAGGAUUGGGUCGAUACGUCAUACUUGUAGAUGCUCUUCAAGCGGAUUUUUGUCCUGCAGAAAGCCAGAAGACCUU